AUGACAUCUACUCACGCGGCCGGGUCCCCGGCCCCGUCUUCUAGCAUGAACUCCCCCGUCCUUCAUCCAAUGUCUGCACCUCUUCCAAAUGGAUCUUUAUUAGAUGGAAAUGCUAGAUCCUCCCCGGUGCCGCUGAGUGCCUCCUCAGUCCAGGCCGACAGUGCAAGGUCGAAACGCAACAAACGCGAUAGUCGUAAGAAAAGGGAGGCCAAAGGAUUGGACCAGGAAAGCGCGGCUCCCAAAAAGAAAUCGGUUGUUUUACACAAUGCUGCAGUCCCGAGCUCCGAUCUCAGCAUCCUAAGACCAAUUGCAGUUGGGGAACCCAGACGCUCCGAUCGACUACCUCCUCAGGCCCGCCAAUUGAACUUCGCAGUGCGCAAAAUGUCCGGUGUGAUUGGCCAUACUUGGGAUUUCUAUGAAGUCGUUGACAAACUUACGAAUAAAAAUGGUUUUCGCUAUAGCUAUGCCAUAGCGGACAAUGAGUUUUCACAUAUCAAAUACCGCCAAACAGAUGUUCCUCCGUAUCACGCACGGUUUAGCUUUGAAGAUUCUCCAGCUGCAAUCCUCUUUUCUGAAGAUGCUCUUGCGGUUACAACAAAUGAUCCAUGGCAUACAGCGCGUGCUAAUGUAUGCGCGCGCGAAGGGUCAUACUAUUAUGAAGCUCGGAUCAUAAGUGGUGUACUGAGCGACUCCGGUACAACAUCUUCGAAUGGGAGCACUAGCUUGCCCUCGAGAGGCCAUGUGCGACUUGGGUUUGCUAGAAGGGAGGCAGAUCUUGAUGUUAACGUAGGGGUUGAUUGCUAUGGAUAUGGGAUCCGUGAUGUAAACGGUGAAGUGGUCAAUCGCAUGCGGUGCGAAUAUUUCUUCCCAAAAGGCGAAUCAAUCCGCGAAGGUGAUGUUAUUGGCAUACUUAUCAACCUUCCACGGCUUUCGCUACACAAAAAAAUUGUUGAGGGAACAUACGACGCCGGAAACGAUACUUCAAGAUCAAACCCGGGGUCUGGUUCAGCUACGAAUAUCAUCCGUGAUCGCAUCCCCUUCCAUUACAAAAACGACUUUUGCUGGCAACAAUCCAAUGUCUUUCCUACUAAGCAAUUACGCGACUAUGCCUUCAAUCUCAAGGAAACCCCAGCAUCCGGGGCCCCAUCUCCGUUGAACGGAGAAGACGCCUCUCUACGCACAUUGCCGGGCUCCAGUAUCUCAAUAUACAAAAACGGUGUAAAAAUGGGAACUCCUUUCAAUGAAUUAUAUGCGUUUCUACCACCGGCCAGCAGACUCGCAAAUGGUACCAACAAUCUCGGGCUCGGAGAACGUGAAAAUGCCGACGACGGUAUGAUCGGAUACUACCCGGCUGUCAGUUGUUAUGGAGGUGGUGCUGUCGAAUGCCGCUUUCAAGCUCCUUGGUGGUUUGGUCCUCCCUCGAAUGAAAACAAUGGCGAGCCAGUCGUUGGGGUAGGAGAACGCUUCAAUGAGCAAAUCGUCGAAGAUAUUGUAGCCGACAUUGUAGAUGAGGUGGAAGCAAUGCUCGUCUGGGGUGGUCUGGAAAGUGACAUUGUUAAUAACGCUGAAAUAGAUGAUUCUGGCGCCGGGGCUGUAGGGGGCACAGACGUUCUCAAAGGCGGCGUCGGUGCUGCUUACAACCCCACCACGACCUUGUCUACUGCCCCGGCGGAAAGCAAUGGGGGGAAUUGCGGUGCAAACAUAAAACUUGCAGACCAGGACAUGGGCCACUCUACCUUUGAAGAUGUUAUGGCCGUUGAUGCAGCAAACACAUCCAAUAUUGAUAUGCCUAUGGCCUCAGAACCUGAUGACACGCCAAUGAAUGGAGCUUGA